AUGACGAACACGACGAAAACAGCUGCGCAGCAACCGGAAGAUCGAACCGAUCUAUCAUCGGCCGAGGACGAGCACGAACAGCUGACCGCAUCAUCCAAUCUGCACUACAUCCAACCAUCGUUCAUAUCGCUCAUUAGCGAGAAACAAUGGAAACCCGACGUCCAACGACCGAACGAUGCCGCCGUAUACGGGAUGAACAAUAUGACAACGAUCCUGACCAAGGAAGCCCACGCGAACGGUGCACGGAUGCAGCUGAUCAUGAGCAUCCUGGCCAAUCUGACCGUGCUAUCGUCCGGCAUGGGUUUGGGUUAUUCGGCCAUUACGCUGCACGCGCUUACCAGCGAGGACAACCCGUUGCGGAUGAACACUAGCCAAGCGUCGUGGUUUGCUUCCAUCAGCUCGUUCGCGUGUCCCCUCGGUGGUCUCGUUUCCGGUUAUCUACUGGACCGCAUCGGACGCAAGAAAACGCUCAUGCUUAUCAACGUACUGUCCAUCGUGUCGUGGUCUCUGAUCGCCGUUUGCAGUAUGACUAACUUUGAUCUGAUGUACACACAAAUCUUAAGCGCUCGUGUCAUCAUAGGCGUCGUCAUCGGCUUAGUAAGCGCACCGGCCUCCAUUUACUCGGCAGAAAUCGCCACACCGAAGAUGCGUGGCCGACUGACGGUACUUACCUCGCUGAGUAUUGCCGUCGGUAUUUUGCUUAUCUACUCGAUGGGUUACGCCAUACCGCACGAUUUCCGCCUGGUGGCAGCACUAGCCGCUGGCGUCUGCGUACUAUCGCUCGUGUUGCUCUUCUUUAUGCCCGAAUCCCCUGCCUGGUUAAUGUCGAAAGAUCGCGAAGAGGAAGCAGAGCGAUCGCUGAAGAAGAUCCGCGGUUAUGGAGCGUACGGUCAUCGAAUUCCGGAAGUCGAGAAGGAACUGAUGCGCAUGCGGGAUAACGUGACGGCACAGCGUCGUGCCGGACAGGAGAGUUUCCUGCGGCUUCUGAAGCAACCGCAAGUCUACAAACCGCUCGGUAUCAUUAUUGGGUUUUUCGGCUUCCAACAGUUCUCCGGCAUCUUUGUGAUUGUUGUGUACGCGGCAAAGGUAUCCUCGGAGGCGAGCGUAUCCAUGGAUCCGUUCCUGUGCACGGUGUUGAUUGGGAUAACGCGCGUUGUGGCCACCCUGCUGGUGGCUUACAUUCUGGACACGCUCGGCCGUAAGCCACCGUCCAUCUUUUCCGGCGUCGGUAUGCUGGUGUGCAUGUUCGGGCUGGCACUGUGCAGUUACUUCCCGCCAAUCGAACAACUCAAGUGGAUCCCAACCGUACUGAUCCUGACGUACAUCUUUACCAGCACGCUCGGAUUUCUGACCAUGCCAUUCUCUAUGCUGGCGGAGCUCUUCCCCCAAACGGUGCGCGGUCCUGCGUCGGGUGUAACCGUGUUCUUCACCUAUCUGAUGUCGUUCUUCACGAUCAAGCUGUAUCCCACGAUGGUGGAGUUCCUGGGCAGUGCGAAUGUCUUCAUCAUUUACGGUGCCGUGUCCCUGCUGGGGGUGCUGUACGUCAUCUACGUGGUGCCCGAAACGAAGGGCAAAUCUCUGCAGGAGAUUGAGGAUUACUUCCGCGGGAUGUCGCACGGUUCGACACCUUCGCAGGAGAUGGAGGAGGACGAAGUGAGCAAUCUGUCCACGGAGAGUGUCUGA